AUGUUGUCCUUGUGCAACCUUGCUUUCGACAAGUCCCUCUCUUUCCUCAUAGUUCACUUGCAGAUCUUACUUUCUUCUGCUCCCUCGCAUCCUUCUGGCAUGGGCGAGCUCUGGAGAACAGCAUUGUGCGGCACCGCUUUCGGUGCUGCCCUCACAUAUUCGGGCGUUUUCAUACCUGAAGUUAUCAUGGCUCAGAUGAAGUUCCAGAACUUUCAUAUGAUGAGAGUCUUCCUGACAGCAACUGCGAGUAGCGCAAUCGUGCUAUCACUACCCCAUUCUACCUCGAAACCCAACAUUGCUGCACGUGGUCCAACACCAUUGCCCGGACUCGGUCCAUACGGAGGCAACAUCCUCGGAGGUAUUCUUGUAGGCUUCGGUAUGACUCUGGCGGGUGCUUGUCCUGGAACCGUCUUCGUGCAAGUAGGCGCUGGGGUACCGUCAAGUCUGCUCGUCCUCGCCGGUUCUGCAAUUGGAGGUAUCUGUUAUCAGGCUAUAUCUGGACCACUUCUAAAAAAUUGCACAUCCGAAUCUUCACUGCCCCAGAGGUCAACAAUCCCAGAGAUCUUGGCCUGUUCCAAGGAGACCGCAAUCUUGACUUACAUAACGCUUUGCUCAACGGUUGUAUUCGGAUCUAGCUUUCUCGAAAGUACGACGUUCGACCUUCCAAGCCCUGUUGUUAGUGGAUUGGUGAUUGGAUGCGUGCAGUUCCUUUCUGUGGUUCUACGCGGACGGGCGCUCGGCGUUUCCGGUGUCUUUUCGGAUACAGGGAAAUGGUUUUGGGAUCUUGUCGAAGGCCAUGACAAGCCGAGAAAUGCACAGCAUACCGACCGUCUUCAUAACUACCCGACUCCAACCCAAACUUUUGCUACGGGCCUCAUUCUAGGCAGUUUAGGCCUCUCAAUAUCAGCUGUAGCAUCGCUGUCAUCACCUACCCCUCUUUCUGUUUCCACACUUCGAGCAGUCUCAGGUGGCUUCUGCCUGGCUGUCGGCGCACUCAUGGGUGGCGGCUGUACAUCAGGACACGGUAUCAGCGGGAUGGCCAUGCUGGGCAUAUCGAGUGUCAUAUCCGUGGCUUCCAUGUUUGCCGGUGGCAUGGCACUGGCGCAGAUAUACUGA